GGAUUUAUAUAAAUUUGCCUCCAAUUAAAGAUCAUUUUGAUUUUAAUUUAAUUUCUAUAAAAUGUAGAUCAUUUGAUUGUUUAGAUAUUCAUCUAUGCAUGAGCCUUUAUAAUUCAUUGACUGUUUGUUUUGUCAAUCUGCAUCUGUUAUUGCUGCUCAUAUCAGGCUUGGAUCUGUAUCUGUUUAAUAUCAUUUUGAUUUAAAUUUAAUUUCUAUGAAAUGCAGAUCAUUUGAUUGUUUAGAUAUUCGUCACUGGGCGAGGCUUUAUUAUUAAUUGACUGUUUGUUUUAUCAAUCUGCAUUUGUUGUUGCUGCUCGUAUCAGGCUUGGAUCUGUAUCUGUUGAACAUUUCGUUUAGGCAUUCGGCAAUUUGGUCAUUUAUGUUGAGUUUGUUUUGGGGCAUGGUAUUAAUGUAUAGCGACAGUAUUAUGAGAUCCAGUUAUAGAAAUGUGAACACCAUACAAUUCUCCAAAAAAAUUCUUGGUUGAGAUGUAUUAGAAAGUAAAGCAUGUAUUCAUUCUGGAUGUUAUCUCUGACAGUGACUUUUUCUGCCCCACCCCCUCUCUUCCCCACUAUAGGUUUUCUCUAGAAGUAAAAAAAUGUAUUUCCAUUUGCAGUGAGCUUCUUGUUGUUAAGAUAAUUAUCUUAUUGAAUUAUAUAAUUGUAUGGAUUCCAAUACAUUUGCUUCUAAUUUAAGAUCAUUUUGAUUUAAAUCUUAUUUCUGUAAAAUGUAUCGUGUUGUUUAGAUACAUAAUUAGUAUUUUCCGGUAAAAUAAAAUGAGGUAGUGCUUUUACUAAUGGAAUAACAAGUACAGCGUAUUGGUUGGCAACUUGGCAUAAAUGAAAUCACAUUCAUGUGAUAGCACUCAGUGGUAAAUAGCAUGAUCCAUGUCAGAUUUUUCUUCCUAUUUUUAUGUACUCUCGCUUUUAAAUUUAUUUAGUUGAUGUAUCCAACUUUUUCUUUAGUAACUUUUUCGGAGGAGAGGCUGUAUCCGCGUUGUCAAAAUAUUCUUUCUUCAGGUGUAAUUAGUGAAUUGUGAAACCUUGUUACCUCCGCUACUCAAUUGGCUGAAUUUUCCUCCCCGCUAUAGGUUAUCUCGAGAAGUCAAAAAUAGUCUUUCCAUUUGCAGUGAGCUUCUUCUUGUUAAGAUAAUUAUCUUUAUUGAAGUAUUUAAUUGUACGGAUUUUAAUACAUUUACCUCCAAUUUAAGAUCAUUUUGAUUUAAAUUGUAUUUCUAUGAAAUGUAGAUCUUUUGAUUGUUUAGAUAUUCAUCCCUGCAUGAGCCUUUAUAAUUCAUUGACUGUUUGUUUUAUCAAUGUGCAUCUGUUGCUGCUGCUCAUAUCAGGCUUGGAUCUGUAUCUAUUGAUUAUUUCUGUUAGGCAUUCGGCAAUUUGGUCAUUUAGGUUGUGUUUGUUUUGUGGCAUGGUAUUAAUGUAUAGCGACAGUAUUAUGAGAUCCAGUUAUAGAAAUGUGAAGACCAUAUGUUUCUCCAUAAAAAUCUUGGUUGAGAUAUAUGAGAAAGUAAAAGCAUGUAUUCAAUCUGGAUAUUUUCUUUGGAUGAUACAUUUUUACAGUGAAUAUUUCUGCCCCACCUCCCCCUUUGCCCUGGUAUUGGUUUUUUCGAGAAGUCAAAGAUAGUAUUUUCAUCUGUAGUGAGUUCCUUGUUGUUAAGAUAAUUGUCUUAUGAAUAAUUUAUUGUACGGAUUUUAAUACAUUUGCCUCCAAUUUAAGAUCAUUUUGAUUUAAAUUUAAUUUCUAUAAAAUGUAGAUCAUUUGAUUGUUUAGAUAUUCAUCACUGCAUGAGCCUUUAUAAUUCAUUGACUGUUUUUUUAUCAAUCUGCAUCUGUUAUUGCUGUUCAUAUCCAGACUUGGAUCUGUGUCUGUUGAACAUUUCUUAUAUGCAUUUGUCAAUUUGGUCAUUUAUGUUGAGUUUUUUUGAAGCUUGGUAUUAAUGUAUAGCGACAGUGUUAUGGGAUCCAGUUAUUAAAAUGUGAACACCCUACACUUCUCCAUAAAAAAGUCUUGGUUGAGAUGUAUGAGAAAGUAAAGCAUGUAUUCAAUCUGGAUAUUAUCUCUAUCAGUGACUUUUUCUGCCCCAUCCCCUCUCUUCCCCGCUAUAGGUUUUCUCUAGAAGUCAAAAUUCAUCUUUUCAUUUGCAGUGAGCCUCUUGUUGUUAAGAUAAUUAUCUUAUUGAUUGUACGGAUUUUAAGACAUUUGCCUCCAAUUUAAGAUCAUUUUCAUUUAAAUUUAAUUUCUAUAAAAUGUAAAUCAUUUGAUUGUUUAGAUAUUAAUCUCUGCAUGAGCCUUUAUAAUACAUUGAAUGUUUGUUUUGUCAAUCUGCAUCUGUUAUUGCUGCUCAUAUCAGACUUGGAUCUGAUCUGUUGAACAUUUCUUAUAGGCAUUUAGAAAUUUGAGUAUUUAUGUUGAGUUUCUCUCGGGACAUGGUGUUAAUGUAUAGCUGCAGUAUUACUAUUAUGAGAUCCAGUUAUAGAAAUGUGAACACCAUACACUUCUCCCAAAAAAUCUUGGUUGAGAUGUAUGAGAAAGUAAAGCAUGUAUUCAAUUUUCACAGUGACUUUUUUUUGGAUUCAAUAUUUUCCGUUCGGUGCACAGAAUUGGAAUUUGAAUUCUAUGAAUUGUAUUAUAAUUCCAUAUCAAAUCCUUUGUUCUGUAAAAAUGUUGUAAUUGAUAUGGAAUAGAGUUUGAAGAAAUUAUAGUGUAUGUGUGCAAUGUGUGUGCAGCGUGUGUUUAGAUAGCCUGUUCAUACUUAUUGGCUGUUAAUAGCCUGUUAUUGCUAAUUCAGUAAGUUAUUAACUCAGUCAUAUUCAUUUCGUGUUGUUUAGAUAAAUUAGUAUUUUCCGGUAAAAUAAAAUGGGGUAGUGCUUUUACUAAUGGAAUAACAAAUACAGCGUAUUGGUUGGCAACUUGGCAUAAAUGAAAUCACAUUCAUGUGAUUCCACUCAGUGGUAAAUACCAUGAUCUAUGUCAGAUUUUUCUUCCUAUUUAUGUACUCUUGCUUUUAAAUUUAUUUAGUUGAUGUAUCCAACUUUUUCUUUAGUAACAUUUUCGGAAAAGAGGCUGUAUCCGCGUUGUCAAAAUAUUCUUUCUUUAGGUAUAAUUAGUGAAUUGUGAAACCUUGUUACCUCCGCUACUCAAUUGGCUGAAUUUUCUUCCCUGCCCCCUCUCUUCCCCGCUAUAGGUUAUCUCGAGAAGUCAAAAAUAGUCUUUCCAUGUGCAAUAUGUGUGCAAUGUGUGUGAAAUGUGUGUGUAUUGUGUGCAAUAUAUGUGUUACCUUGUUACCUCCGCUACUCAAUUGGCUGAAUUUUCUUCCCCGCCCCCUCUCAUCCCCGCUAUAGGUUAUCUCGAGAAGUCAAAAAUAGUCUUUCCAUGUGCAAUAUGUGUGCAAUGUGUGUGAAAUGUGUGUGUAUUGUGUGCAAUAUAUGUGUUACCUUGUUACCUCCGCUACUCAAUUGGCUGAAUUUUUCUUCCUAUUUAUGUACUCUUGCUUUUAAAUUUAUUUAGUUGAUGUAUCCAACUUUUUCUUUAGUAACAUUUUCGGAAAAGGGGCUGUAUCCGCGUUGUCAAAAUAUUCUUUCUUUAGGUAUAACUAGUGAAUUGUGAAACCUUGUUACCUCCGCUACUCAAUUGGCUGAAUUUUCUUCCCCGCCCCCUCUCUUCCCCGCUAUAGGUUAUCUCGAGAAGUCAAAAAUAGUCUUUCCAUGUGCAAUAUGUGUGCAAUGUGUGUAAAAUGUAUGUGUAGUUUGUGUGUAGUGUGUGUGUAUUGUGUGCAAUAUAUGCCUAAUUUAAAGUAACUAUUUGGAAUUCUAGUUAUCUACUUUUGAUAUAGAAUUCAAAUUGUGGAAUUGGGAUGAAUUGGAAUUGUAAUUCAAUUAAAUUCCAUUUUUUGCGGUACCAAUUCAAGUUCCGUAUGCCCAAUUCCAUGAUACUGGACGGAGCCUGAGGGUAUUUUUAGUCUUUUAAUUUGUUAGGGGUAUUAAACAAAAAUCUUUUUGAUGAAUAAAGAAGCUCUUCUAUUGUUUGCAGGGAUAAGUGCACUAUUUGCUGCAUUUGAAGAAAUGGGGAUUUCGACUAAAAAUAUAAAAUGGACACAAACUGAGAAUGAAAAAAAUAUUGAACAGGAAUCUCAUGACAGGCUAAGUAGUCUGCCCUCUGAAAUCCUAGACCACAUUCUAUUGUUUCUCAGCAUGAAUGAAGUUGUGAAAACCGGCGUGCUGUCAAGAAAAUGGAGAUACUUCUGGCAUUCAACACCAUGCUUGAACUUCGAUUUUAGAGAUUUCCGGAACCAGGAGCGCUGCCUAAAUUUGAGUUACAAUGAAUGCGUGAUAAAAUUUUGGGUAUUUGUCAAGUGCGCAAUCGUGAUCAGCUCACCCAUUUGUAGACUUCGGCUCUACUGUGAAGUCUGUGAUACCAUUCAGCUUGAUUCACUUUUAUAUCUUUGCGCUUUGAAAGAAGUCCAAGAACUUGAUAUUUUUACUGGAUAUGGAAUCCUGCAGUGUCCAAUUGAUUGUGGUGUACCAACUCACAUUGACGCAUUUAUACAGGGCGUGAAUAGCCUGGUUGAGUUGCAACCAUUGACAAGCUUUUCAAAUCUCAAGACCCUAAAUUUGGUUGGGGUCCAGUUUGAUGAUUCUGAUAUAGCUGCGAAUGUGUUCAGUGAUUGUGGUGUUCUUGAGACUUUAUCUCUGGAACAUUGUUGUUUUGUGAUGAGAAACCAUCUCAAAAUUUCUGCCAAUAACCUUAGAACUUUGAACUUUGUAAACAGUGGCCCUGAUUGGUGGGAUUAUGCAUGCAUGUUCGACGGGGAGCUGGAACUUCAUACUCCAAAACUUGUAUCUUUCUGGUAUAUCGGGCCAGUGCUACAGCUUAGUCAAUCCUCGGAUAUGCUAUUUUUGAAGAAUGCCUCCAUUGAGCUCCGAUAUCAAAAUACACCAGGGGACUUAGGUGCUAUGGUUUUAGGUAUUCGUCAUGUCCAGGAGUUAUCAGUGUCGCCAAAUUUUGUCCUGUACUACUCUCCUGAAUUUGAAAAAUAUGUUGGCGACUUCAGUCCUCUCGACAGUCUGAGCAGCUUGAAGGUUGAUAUGGAAUUCACGGGGGACCAUAUGGAGGGUCUAAUAAAGCUACUCCAGCUUUCUCGUAAUCUUGAAACUCUAUGCAUCCGAUUCACUGAGCUCCCCGGGAUAAUCAGUUGGGAGUCCAGGAAAAUCGAUGUCCCUAUGAUAUCACACAAGCUGAAAGUAAUUGAGAUUUUUACGGCCUGCGACCUGGAGAACUUGGUAGAGCUUAUCAGAUUCUUCGUUGAGAAUGCAAAAUCUUUAGAGAAGAUAAACAUCACGCAAGAGGAAGAAAUGCUGGAUCUGGAGGAAUUCUACACCUUGCACGACGUUGAGUUAGCAUGUGAAUCAGUUUCUAUAUCCAUCGGUUUAGCUUCUGCUUCUGGAACAGUCAAGAUGUUUGACUUCUCGUUUUGGAAAUGUGGUUCGGGUACAGCCGGUCAAUCUAUCGAAUACGGCCGACAACGGAGAUCAGAGGCGGAAGAUUUACAAGCGUGGAGAGCGGGAGAUCAUUUGGCUGUUGCAAGAAGAUAACUUGGCAGAAGGAAGCACUUAACAGUUCAGAGAUUUAUUUGCUGAUUUGUUAUUUUGGUUAGUUUAUAUAUUAGAGAUCAGGAAGAUAUAAUAUUAUGUUGGAGAGAUUGGUUAAGGAUGAUUUUAUAUCGUAGGCCUCUUGUGUGAGGAUUAUUAUUUCGUUUUCAUUUCCCUCCAUUCAGUAACUGAAUUUCAGUUAUAUAAAGCCGAGUUCCUUUUAUCAAA